CUGCUGUUUCGGAGCGAGAGAGAGAGAAAGGAUGGUCGCGGCUCGGCUCCGAGGGGCGCUCCUGGGCCAGAAGCCCCGCCUGGCCUGGCUCUGGGCGGGAAACAGGCCCGGCGCGGCGGGGGGAGGUAAGGGGCGGCGUCGGGGGGCGGGAAAGGCCGGAGGGGCUGCUGGGGUGUGUGUGGAAGCGGCACCCUCUGGCACAGCCGGAGAGCGGAGCUUUGCUCGCGCCUCAGCCCAGGAGCGUUUCUCGUUCCUCGGGCGGGGGGGGGGAGCAAGAGCGCGCCUCUGAGGGCGUGCAGAGCGCGCUCCCUCCGAAUAGCCAUCCUUUGCGCGGCGGCUUUACACAGUGGAAAGUGGCUUUGAGGAUUCGCACCACCACGCAACGACGCUCUUCUUUCCCUCUUAGAUAAGUGCGCGGAGGUCGCUCGCCAGACCCGCCCGCCCUCGCGCGCGCUCUUUGGCGUCGUCUGGGAAGGGCAUGAGCGACUGGAAGCGCCUCAGGCCGCCAUAGAGCGUGGCUUUUGUUACCACACCUCUCCUUUCCCCUUCAAUGCGUACCGGCCAGGGAGCCUCCUGCCGGCAGGGCGAUUUGCACCCACGCGGCCCCGCUAGCGAAGGUGGCUGCCGAAGCCGACAGGUAGAAGGAGGUUUGGAGCCGGCACUAUGGAGAGCGCGCUUUUUCGCGCGCGGGCAGAGCUGGUUAAUCUGCGGAACUCGCUGCCUCAGGAGGGACUGAGGGUCGGGACCUGGGCCCGCUGCCUUAAAUGCUGCUAAACCCUCAGCGCGUUUACUGGGAAGUGAAAAAGUGGCUGUAUUGUGGAACCGCUUAGAGAUCUUUUUUGAAAUAUUAAGCGGUAUAUAAAUGCUCGGUAUAUAUUCAGUGGGACCAGUGGCGUAGCGUGGGUUGUCAGCACCCGGGGCAAGGCAAGUAAUUUGCGCCCCCUAACCCGUGGAUUUUAGGUAGGGGCAGAGAGAGCGCGCCCCCCCAUGUUGCGCCCGGUGCGGCCGGCCUCCCCCUGCACCCCCCACGCUACGCCACUGAGUGGGACUUGCCCCCAGGUUUUUUUUAGGGGGGGGUAGAUGCAAAAGAUGGAACUCGCUUGCCUUUAACAGCCUUGUAGAAGAAGCGUUUUCAGCAGGUGCUGAAAUUCCCUCUUCUUCACAGCUUAUUAAAAGGUGCAGAAGCCCCGUCGUCUUUUGCAUCUGGCCUGCUUUACUCUCAAGAUAACGUGCAUUGUAGAAUCAUGGAACUGUAGGCAUGGAUGGGACCAUGAGGAUCCUCCAGCCCAACCCCUACAAUAGGGGAAUGUUUUGCCCAACCUGGGGCUUCAACCCAUGACUUUGAGAUUAAGUUUCAUGCACUGCUGACUGAGCUAUCCCAACUGAAUUCAACAUUACAGUUCAUGGAGGAUGCAUAUACAGUGCUACCUUGGGAUGUGAACAGGAUCCAUUCCAGAGCCCCGUUCGCAUCCUGAAUGGAACGUAAGACGCCAUGGCGCUUCUGCACAUGUGUGGGUCGCAUUUCGCCGCUUCCACGCAUGCGCGUGACAUUUUGAGCAUCUGUGCAUGCGCGAGCUGCGAAAUCUGGACGUAACGCGCUCCAUUACUUCCGGGUUGCCGCGGAGCGCAACCCGAAAGCACUCAGCCUGAAGCACAUUCAAGUAGGUAUGAUGGCUGAUUGAAACCUCCAUGUUCAGAACCAGUGUCCCCUUCAUUACCAGAUGUUGGGGGCAGGGCAACGGCAGGAGUGUGGUAUUUGGACCAGUGUGAUUUGGGGGGGCUUCAGAACUCCUGCUUCUCUGAAGCACUAGGAGGUCCAGCUCCAAGAGCCUUCUGGCGGUUCCUCACUGCAAGAAGUGAGGUUACAGGGAACCAGGCAGAGGGCCUUCUCGGUAGUGGCACCCGGCCUGUGGAAUGCCCUCCCACCAGAUGUCAAGGCAAUAAACAACUAUCUGACUUUUAGAAGACAUCUGAAGGCAGCCCUGUUUAGGGAAGUUUUUAAUGUUUGAUGCUUCGCCAUUUUUUUAAGUGCUGUAAGCUGCCCAGAGUGGCUGGGGAUACCCAGCCAGGUGGGCGGGGUAUUAUUAUUAUUAUUAUUAAUAAUAAUAAUAAUAACACAUCCCAAAGUUUCACUUUCUUUUUUACAUUUUGCUUUUCCAUGAAAACAACAGAUCAGAAUUAAAUGGGAAAAUAAAAUAGGGCAGCAUUUUGACAAGGAAGAUGUCGUGUGGAUGCUGCGCAAAAUUUGCAUGCUUGAGCGGCACAAACUCUGAAUUAAAGAAUUCGCAUUGCCAUCUACAACCUUUCAGUCCAGAGCUUAAAAUUACCUAACUGGACCACUGCCCAAAGUGGUGGCAUUUUUAUAAUGCACAUAAUUGUAAACUAGGUGCAUUUGCAGGAGCUGCUUCUUCGCAUAUCUGAUGUGCAUCUCAUCCCCUGACAACACUCCAAGCAUACAAACUGCACCUGCUUUUCCAGCCCACCCUGGUCUGCUGCAAGAAGGGAAAGAAGCAAUUUUAGGGCCACCUUAGAGGACUCAUUCCACUUAAGGCCAAAAGCACUGUGUGUACAGGGUCAUUCUGGUCCACAUUGAUUUGUCUUAGAACUGGCUUCCCCAGCCUUGUUCCCUCCAGAUGUUUUUGGCCUGCCACUCCCAUCCUCCUUGAGCAUUGGGCAUGCUGGCAGGGGCUGAUGGGAGAGGGAGUCUAAUAACAUCUGUGGACAGGGGAAGUCUGUGCUAGAAGAAUAGUUUCUGAUGCCAAUGUGGUACAGUGGGUGGGGUAUUACACUUUGGACUUUGGUUCCAAUCCUUGCUCAAGCGUAACACUUACCGUGACUUUAGGCCAGCCACUGACUUUCUGCCAAGCCUGCUUCACAGUAUCUCAGCAGGAAAAAUGUUAAAACUGCUUGUCACAUGACACUGGAAUAAAUAAAUUGCACUUCAGAGGGUUACACUGAUAUGUGUGGAUAAUCCUAACAAUUUGCAUUUUUAAUUAGAGGUAUACAGGCAACAGAAGCUGCAAAACUCUUGCCGCCUGCAGUCAAAAAUGCCUCCUUGUGGCUUUUUACCUGAAAAAUAUGAGGUAAGUGUGUGAGUUGCUAGUCCUGUUUGUGGGUGGAUAGGGUUUGGAGGGCUUUGCUGUGUUGCUAGUUCUCAGCAAGGUUUUGUGCACACUGCAUAGGCAGAGGAUGCUUAAUGCAGGCUAACUGUACAAUUGUAUAUGUGCCUACUUGGAAACAAGUCCCAUUGAGUUCAAAGGGGCUUACAUUCCCAUAUACCGUAGGUGUACAUAGGUGUGCAGCCAGUGAUGUGAGUUUUCUGGGAAGUUUCAAACUGGAAAAUUCAGUUUGCAUUGGAAAAUUGUCUUGAUGCCCUAGAGAGUAGCAUGUUUAUUUUGCUUGUAUUUAGUAAACCAAGCUAAAAACUUUGAAGUGGGCAUCCAUUUAGUGUUACUAAUGAACAUAUGAAACAUAAUUUUUUUUUGAAGUGGUUGUAUUGUAUAUGUGGCUCUAUUUUCUCAGUGGCUCAGGGAGAGUUUGGGGCACUUUCUACCCAGCCCAGAUUAGCAGACAGAUACUUCAAAGCUGUACUAUGUUGAUACAAUCAGAUUACUCAACUGAUUAUGAUGGGGGUCAGGUCUCUACAAUGGAAAUAAAUCUACAAAUGCCUUUUUGUGCAUCCUCCUUGCAGUCCUAUCCCUACGAGCAGAUGCUGAAGAUCCGCAAGCAGAAUGUGUCCCCCUGCUUGCUCACUUACUACAAGAAGCCACUGCUUAUCCAUCAGGGGCAUAUGCAGUGGGUGUUUGACUUAGAAGGACGUCGAUACCUUGAUCUCUUUGCUGGAAUUGCCACUGUUAGUGUUGGGCACUGCCACCCGUAAGUAUGUGGUUAAUCCCACUGUCUAAUAAUCUGCAAAAUUCCACUAGCAUGGUUACAGACCAUGGCUAAUGAGGGCUUAUCCACACUUAACUUUUGCCCCACAUUUUCUAAGCACAGGUAAGCACUUUCCCAGUCCAUGUUUGAGCACUUCCCCCUCCCCUCCGCUUUCCCAAUGGAAACCUGCUCUUGAAUGCUGAAUUGGAACAAACAGCAAUUCAGAUUUUCUGCAGAUGGACAUGAGCAUUAAAGAGUGGGCUUUCAUGUGGGACAUGGACCGGAAAAGCACAGAUUUGUGCCUAGAAAGCGCAGAGGAAAAUUAGUAUGAAUGAGCCCUGAGUGUCAUCUGCAGGCAAGCUGGGUAUUUGCUUGGGUGCCACAGUGAAUCUGGGCAGGUAGAGAUGUCACAACUGCUCUUGUUACCAUUGGCUUACCUACUCUGAUGUCACAGAGGUGUACUGAGUGAUUUUUGUUUAGUAGUGCCAUGUAAAUGUUGCCUUUCGAAAGGCAACCUUGUUCAUGCUAAUCAGCUUGAAGCUUUUCCAUAAAAACUGACAGGUGAUUCUUGCUGCUUAUCACCUGUUACAGCUCUUGGGUGUGUUAUGCAUUACACAGAAUUGUCACAGGUGACACUUCUUGCAUUUCAUGGCCAUUUGGCCCCACUGUUGGUAGUUUUUCUCCUUUUACAUGUGUGUAAAUCAGGGGUCGGGGACCUUUGGCACUGCAGGUGUUAGAAUCAUAAAACUGUAGAGUUGGAAGGGAUCCUAAGGAUCAUCUAGUCCAACCUCCUGCAAUGCAGGAAUUUCAACUAAAGCACCCAUGACAGACGGCCAUCCAACCUUCACAUAAAAACCUCCAGUGAAGGAGAGUUCACCACCUGUCGAACAGCUCUUACCAAACUAUAUAACUAUAUAACUGUAACUCCCAUCACUCCUACCAAGUAUGGCCAAUGGCCAGGAAUGAUGGGAAUUGUCCAGCAACAUCUGGAGGACCAAAGGUUUGCCGUGCAAUCCUAACUAUAUCUAGCCAGAAGCAAGCUUUAUGCACCUGAUGAAGCAAACUCUUGUCCAUGAAAUAUUUCAGCUCAAUAUGAUGCUACUGUUUGUUGGUAUUGCUUUUUUUAAGUUUCUGUAUUGCACAGUUUCCUGGGUUGUUUAUAAAAGGGCAUAACAGCAACAGUUUCAAAGGCUAGAUUCUGUAGUUAUGCUACAACAGAUGAGCUCUGUGACUUUGCAGCAACAUGUUGCUUAUGUAUCUGUUUAUUGGGCUAAACUGUAGCCAACUAAUAUUUUGGUGCAAUGCCGUAUCCACUUUAUUUCAUUACUUACUUACUGUAAUGUAUGACUUUUCAUCCCAAGUGACCUCAAAACAGUUUACACAUAAACAUGACACUAUGAAAAAAAAUUACAGAGCACAGUAACAGUAAUGUAGCAAUAGCAGAAGCACAAAACAUCAAUUCAAAACAAGCUUAAGGCUCAACAACAUUCCAACCAGUUUCAGAAAGCUAGAAAUUUAAUUUAAGCAUCUUGUGCCUAAAGUGGCUGCUAACUUACCCAAGGAAGAAAUGACAAGUAAAAAACAAACAAACAUAAUAUUAUUAACUAACAUAUUAACAAAUAAUAACAAUCACAAUAAAUACAGAAAAUAGUUUGUGCAACAUAUAUAAAUAUAUAUAAAGCAAUAUGGAUUGCUAACCUAAUUUAACAGCAUGAAACUAAACUAAGUUUGCUCUUAAAGGUGGGGGUGUGUGGUUUGGAUCAAAACAAAUUGGAUCAAAGACUUAAAUCAUCACAUUUUUUCCAAACACACCCAGGAAGGUAACAGCAGCUGCCCAGAAACAGCUUGGUCGCUUGUGGCACACAAGCAGCCUCUAUGCGCACGCAGCAAUCCAGGAAUAUGGAGAGAAACUGGCCUCGUUGCUUCCAGCUCCCUUAAAGGUACGCUGAGUUGUACAGUGAGAAAACUGAGUUCGAAAUGUGUGGGUUACGGUGAUGCUCUGAGCUAGGAGGGUCAGUCAGGGAUGUAAUUCCACCCCCACCCCCCAUGAAUAUAUAUAUAUAUAUAUAUAUAUAUAUAUAUAUAUAUAUAUAUAUUUCAGAAGAUAUAGUGCAGGCAGAGGCAAACUCGGCCCUCUGGAUGUUUUGGGACUACAAUUCCUAUCAUCCUUGACCACUGGUCCUGCUAGCUAGGGAUCAUGGGAGUUGUAGGCCAAAAACAUCUGGAGAGCCGAGUUUGCCUAUGCCUGAAAUAGUGGAAUCAUAACCCUUGGGUGGUAUUUAACUAAAUUGCAAGAACUGAUGACUUCUAAAUGCAAAGGGGGUUUUCCUACCCCUCCUGCCCCUGCAUGCACCACAGACAAUUCCCAAAUCUACUCCAGAGGUUUGAGGGGAACCCCAGAACAGAUUCAGGCAGACACAGAGGGAGUGGCAGGGGAAAGUCCCAUUGCGCAAGUAGAAGCCAUUCUCCACCUGGAACGAAGUACUUAAAGCUGCAUUGAAUAUAAUCCAUGGUGUUUGCACUGUGCCAGAUUGUUAACUGUGCAUUAGAAUAGAUAUGCACUUAACUUUGCUUCUUUUCUCCCUAAAUCUGCAUUCUGACAAAUAUCUUUGUUCUAGGUGAUUUUCCUAACCAACAGUGGUUCGGAAGCCAACGACCUCGCCAUGUUAAUGGCAAGGGUUUUUACACGCAACUUUGACAUCAUUGGAUUGAGGUAGCUAUCACACCUUGUAUAUUAGUUACUUGUUUUUAUUUCAAAAAAUCCAUGCACUGUUUGGUUGUAAGGAAACCUCAAAGUGAUUUGUGAUUCGAGGACCCGAUCCCCGCUUGGGGAAUAAAGACACAGAAUGUAAGGUUAAGGGGUAAGGUAAAGGCCACAACUUUAUUGAUUACAGCAUGUAAGAAGGUAUUGGCUUAGGCAUUGGACCACGGAACAUUAGACUCCACCCACUCAUAGAGGGGUGAGUCUGAGGAGGGGUUAACCACCAGUAGGGGAAGCCUCUUGAUGCUAAUCCAACUAUAGGCUCUGUUCCUGAUGUCACCGAGGGUCGUGCCAUGGCCCCCCGCCACACGGGCAUCGGACAGGAUCCACGACCACUGGAUUCCUUUAGCGGAAUACCCAAAAUUGUCAGGGAAGGCGAUGGCCACACCUUGCCCCCGAAGAAAAUGUGUGUGCAAUGGUGGGGAUGGCUGGUGCAGCUGCGUUUGAGCAGCAAGCCACGCCCCUGUCGAGCUCUCCUAUUGGGUGCCCAACUGGGGAGGGGCGUGGCGCCAGCCCUGGAGUUGAAGCAGGGGGCGCCUCCGCAUGACGCAGGAAUCGGCUCCCGCUCACAACCCCUUCCCUCCUGGGAGUAGGAAAGGCUUUACACAAAGAAUAAAACAAUAAAAUUAUUGGUAAAAACAGUUAAAGGCAACAAUUCAAAACAUUAAAAAAAUAAAACCAGCAAUAAAAUAAAAACAGAUUAAAGCACACAUCAACAUUCUAGAUAUCUGGGUAUAUUGUGAUCUGUUUUUAUGUUCCAUAUAGGGGUGAGCAGAUUUCCCUUGUUCCAUAACUAGGUUGGAGAUAUUUAUGUCCAGAUGUUCCUAUCUGCCCUCUUCUGCUGCAAUUUUAUCUUUAAUUCCCCUGAAACAAAGUACUGUUCGAUCACGUAUCUUCAUCUAUUUUUUCUAGAGUUUGUUGUGUUACUGGCUGGCAAUUCCUUUUUAAAACAGAUUACUGGUCAACAGCCCAGAAUGGUCCUCUAAAUGGGACCUAAUGUUUAGGAUUCUUCUAAUUUACUGAAAAUUCAUGCUUUCUUCUGGCAUGCCUUGGAAUAGCGAGAUUCAUACAGAAGUGAAAGAGGGGGUCUUGCGCCCAUCCAAGAUGCCAAAGGCUGCUGAACUAGCACAAACCCUGAACUGAUCAGAGUACCUCUAAGUUCAGCAUGAAACAUGGAGCAGGUUGAAGUGAUCUCUUAUUUGGCCAAAACAUGUUCAAAUUCUUGGGUUUGAGCUCUUGAGUUUCAUAGAACUCUUGCUGAACCACAGGUGUUCAAAGUAAGAAAAUCAAGAUAAGAAGAUGUUAAAUGCCCAGGUUGAUGCUACUUAAAAACAUAAGAAAGGCACUACUGGAUUAGGCCAGUGGCCAUUCUCAUCCCGCAUCCUGUUUUCACAGUGGCCAACUAUAAGCAAAACUUGAGUGCAAGAACAUUCCCCUCUUGGUGUUUCGAGCAGCUGUAUUUCAGAAACAUACUGCCUCAAAUAAUGGAGGAAAAACAUAUCCACCAUGGUUAGUAGACGCUUAUAGCCAUUUCCUGUAUGAAUCUUCCUAAUCCUCAUUGCAAGUCAUCCAGCUUGGUGGCCAGUGCUGCCUCUUGUGGAAUCUCAUUCCAUAAUUUAUGCUCUGUGUAGAGAAGUACAUAAUCUUCCAACAUUCAGAUUCAUUGGUUGUUCCCAAGUUCUAGUGUUAUGAGGGAUGGAGAAAAAACUUUGCUUCAUCCACUUUCUCUAUAGAUGAUUCCAAGCGCAAUAGGCAACAUUUUGCAAUGCAAAUUUAUGCUUACUAGUGCUUGCUGGUUGCUAGCACAAACUUAGCAAUUUUGUGUAUUUAACAUUCAUCCUCUUCAGAUCAGUUUGGUAAAGACAAAGCACUGAGAAGCCAGAAGGGUUUUCUGUUGUUAGCUCUCAGUACUGGUUGCUGAAGACGGUUUCUGUGCAGUUCAGAAGCUUGCCUUUCUUUUAAUUAUUCUUGUUUCUUUCUGAUUUGUAAAGACAGUCACAGGGAGAUUAAUCAGAAGGGAUUGAAAGUGGUUGUGGUGGUUUUUUUCUACAGAGGAGGCUACCAUGGGAGCAGUGCUUACACAAUGGGCUUGUCAUCUAUUGGAUGUUACAAACAUGGGCUUGCCAAUGGGCUUGGCUGCCAAAAGGUGAGGUUCUUGCUGCUUCCCUCCUCAUUUGUUGCACAACAAACAUCUUACUUGCUUGACUUUUCCUAAAUCUCCCUAUGUGAUGCUACUCUUCAGGUUGGUUCAGAGGCUGCCAAUCUGCUAUGGGCCAAGCUCAAAGUAUUGGCACUGACAUAUAAGGCCACAAAUAGCUCAGGACCAGGUUGUUUAUGCAUCCAGUUGAUUAAUGCGGUCUGCAGGAGAGUUUCUCUGCCAUAGGUCUCUACGUUGUAUUUUUAUUUUAAGAUAUCUGCUGCUUUCUGUGUUGUUUUCCAUUGUCUUUUAGCUGCUUUAUUGUGUCUAGUACAUUGCCUUGAGAUGUAUGUGUGGAAGGCUAUAAAUAAUUUAAAAAAUAGAAUACUAGACACUUUAAUACAGUGCUUUCACUCUGGUAACAGAGAAGAGAAUUAUACCUCCUCUCCCCUUUUUAAAUCAGACCUACAUUCUGUAAGUAUAGUAUAGCAAUGUGCAGUCUUCUGAGUUGCUCCAAGUUUUACAAAAUGCACAAUGAGGAAUUUGCUCCAUUUUCAAUCAAAGACAAUACAGUUGGGUUGGUUCUAAAUACAGGUAUCUUUUGAUCACUUUUUCAUGAAGACUGAACUUUCUGCUGGUGGCCAAAAUGUUUUGUAUCUAUGAAAUUAGGCUGUACCAGCAUUUUGAUGAGUGAAUAUCUCAGAUCAAAAUGUGAAAAAUAGCAUAAAAUCCUGACAUAGCCAGUUAAUCCCGUUGCAACACCUAUAUCUCUGUUGUGCUUUUUCAGACAAUGCUGCCUGACGUUUUUCGUGGUCCCUGGGGGGGAAGCCAUUGUCGAGAUUCUCCGGUGCAAACCAUUCGAAAAUGCACCUGUUCUGCAGGUUGUUUCAAUGAGAGAGGCCUUGAUUUUCAGAGGUGAAAGAGAAUGACACCAUGGUGGUUCAGUGCAGUAAACUGGAUAUGCCUAGGGCAGAUGCACAUCUGCAACCGUCUCAUGCACUGCCAGACCAUUAGUUCUGACAGCAGUUUUGCAAGGCAAAUAUCCUUUUAACUGUGGGUGUAGAGUGAACUUGGCACCUCCUGCAUGUAAAGUAUAUCUCUCAGAUAUGAUGGUAAAGAUAAAGGGACCCCCUGACCAUUAGGUCUAGUCGCGGACAACUCUGGGGUUGCGGCGCUCAUCUUGCUUUACUGGCCGAGGGAGCCAGCGUACAGCUUCCGGGUCAUGUGGCCAGCAUGACUAAGCUGCUUCUGGUGAACCAGAGCAGCGCACGGAAACGCUGUUUACCUUCUCACCGGAGUGGUACCUAUUUAUCUACUUGCACUUUGACUUGCUUUUGAACUGCUAGGUUGGCAGGAGCAGGGACCGAGCAACGGGAGCUCACCCCAUUGCGGGGAUUCGAACCGCCGACCUUCUGAUCGGCAAGCCCUAGGCUCUGCGGUUUAACUCACAGCGCCACCCGCGUCCCGAGAUAUGAUUGUACUGACAGUGAAAUCCAAACCUGAGAGCCGCUGGGAUGAGCGAGUUUGGAAUGGGUGGGUCUUGGGCUGAAGCUGAAAAACAGCUACUGCAACACAACUCCCUCAUCCCAUCUUUGCUGGGGAUGUGCCAGUGUAACUCUAUGCCAGCUCAGCCAGCACAAGUCCCCUCCAAAGGGGGCAUUCUGGGGACAGGGCAAGUUGAAAUUUACAACAUCAAGCUCUCCGUCAUAAUUCCCUUUAAAGUGCUGCUCUUUGCUAAGUGUUUCAUGCUGAGAAUUGGGCACUUUGGAGAGCUGCCCUGAGGACAAAGGGGUGUUGGUGGACUGGGAUUAAGUGUGAAGAGUUGGCAAACGUGGAUGGUGGCCAAACUCCCCCGAUCCAAUUCCAGUUGCGCUUUUAAAAGGUGCAAGUGGGACCUGUGAAAUGGUACUUCCUUCCAGGUAUGUGUGUACACAGUCUGAGUUUGCUACUGCAAAUUAUGGAUAGGACAUAGAUCAAAUGGCUAUUUAGAUUUGGAAACUAGCUCAUUUAUGUGCAGUAUACGGUAUUUCCUCUAGGAGUAAUAACAGUUGUCAUAGCUCUAGCUUUUGCCCCACUUGUUUUGCUGCAGUCCUGUGAGUAAUCUCUAUUCAGCUCAAUGGGAUUUAUUUCUGAGCAGGCAGGCAUAGGACUCUGCUGCUAGAGCUGAAAAUUGGAAAUAGAAGGGGAAAUGGACGACAUAUAUGUCUUUGUAUUCAGAUUACAUGUAUUCUGCCAACCUCUGGAGUAUGGGAAUUUAGAUGCGGGUGGUUGGACCAACCUAGGUUAUUUAGAUGUUACCAAAAUGCAUGGUGGAUAUUUUAUUUUUAUAAAAGCAGCAUUAGAAGCCACCCUUGGCCUCUAUUGCAUGUGAAUGUUUUGUUCUCCCUCCCCAUCCUCUCGAUACAGGCACUUGCCAUGCAAAAGACCAGUAUAUUGAGCAGCUCAAAGACACUCUCACGACUUGUGUUCCAAAGGCCAUAGCUGGAUUUAUUGCUGAGCCAAUUCAAGUAAGUCAUUCCCUUUGUAGUAAUAGCAUGCUAUGUCAGUGGAUUGGUUUGCACAUAAGCCAUGGUUUGUUUAGCCAAUGUGUUUUGUAAUGGGCAAACCCAGCCCAGCAGAGUAACCAUGUUUGUUUUCUGCCAGCAAACCAAGAUGGUUUGUAGUUGGCUGACAAACCAAGGCUUGUUUUGUCUGUGGUUUCUUAUGUCCAAACCUAACAGCCUUGCUUAAUUUAUGGUUACCAGAUUUUUUUCAAUGAAUCCGGGGAUAUUUCAUUUCAUUUCAUUUCUGAAUGAGGCAAAAGACCCUGGGCCUAAGCACACAUGCAUAUUGUAUAAAGGUGCAAAGCCUUUCUUUCGCACCCUGUGAAACAUAAAUGCGCAGAGUUUUUAAAAAACUGGGCAACGGCUGCCCACCCGCAACUUCCGAGCCUCCUCCAAUCAGUCAAAACAAAGGGGGAAGGGGGCAGGAGAUCUGUACUGCCGGACAUCCUCGGUUCCCUUUCGGCAGUGGCAGCAGCAGUCUCAGCAGCCCAGAGUCAGCCUGGUAGCACAGUUAGCUCUGGCUGGCUUUAGGAGCUGCUCGCUGCCAUGGCACCCGCCAUUUUUCCUCGCUGGAAGUUCCGGCAAGGAAAAAAGGCGGGCGCCAUGGCAGCGAGCAGCAAGCAGCUCUUGAAGCCAGCCAGAGCCAACUGUGCUACCAGGCUGACUCUGGGCUGCUGAGGCUGCCGCUGCCAUGUUUCCCGGGGACAGAUUUGCAAAUCUGGAGACAUUCUGGGGACGGAAUUUGUCCGGGGACAGAUUUGCAAAUCCGGGGACCGUCCCUGGAAACCAGGGAUAUCUGGUAAGCCUAGCUUAACUAUGGUUUGUUUGGCCUGUCGCCUUCCUGCUCCUUAGUAUCAGCCUUGUCCUUUGUAGAAGUCAACAGGGAGGUGGAGGAGGGGGGGGACCAAACUAGAAUUUCUUGGCUCUGCCUGUGACUGAUUCUGACUCCACCAACUGUUUGAAUUCCUGCCUUUUGUCCUGCGGGCACAAGCCACCACUGGCUGCAACCAAAUGCCCCUCUCAAAGCACGAUUUAAAGUAAAUGUAAAGUAAAAUUCUGACACAAGUGAAAACAUGCAUCCUUUUGCUUCCAUGUUUUGCUGCAUAGAAUAGUGGCAAGUUUGUUGUAUGGUUGAAGCAUGCUCUGCUACAAGUCUGGGGACUUGGAUUUUGCUGAUUGCUCUCUACAAAAGCUGCUCCUGAGAGGUGGGGGACCACCUGGAACAGAGCGGAAUAUGGUGCUGAGAGCUGUGGUUCCUGGGGGAGGGUAUCAGUGGAAAUCAGGUGCCCCAGCUUACACAAGUGGAAACACAUUUCCACUAAGGUGGAGCUGCUGUUGGCCACUAAACCAGUGUCUUUUGUGUGUGUGUUCUUUUGGCAGGGUGUCAACGGAACAGUUCAGUACCCCAAGGGAUUCCUGAAAGAGGCUUUUCAGCUGGUGCGUGAAAAAGGUGGUGUGUGCAUCGCAGAUGAAGUGAGUACUUUGAACUUAACUUCCCCUAUCCAAAGAUUUAUACACAUCUGUUUUUGAAAAACAUAUUGUGAAGGACAUAGGAGUUACCUAGAAUUAUACAUAUUCCUUUAUUUCCAUGGGAAAUAACUUGGUGCAUGAGAGAGUGAAGGGUGUGUGAUCGUGUGGGAAACUGGCCCCACUCAUACGGGAGCAAAGUUCCUGACACUUUCCCUCUGGAAUAAUGCAGCCUUUGGUCCCAAACAGGCUGGAUAAAACGGAUUAGGCAGCUUUACAAAGCUGGGUAUCUUCUCAGUGAGUAAAGUUUUUCUCCCUCUCAUAUAACACUAGAACCCGUGGAUAUCCAACAAAGCUGAAUGUUGAAAAAUUCAGGGCAGAUAAAACAAAGUCCUUCUUCAUGCAGCACGUAGUUAAACUAUGGAACUCACUGCCACAGGAUGCAAUAAUGGCAACCAGCUUGGAUAACUCUUAAAGAGAAUUAGAUGAAUUUGUGGAGAGAGAGAAAUAUCAGUGGCUACUUAGUCAUGAUGGCUAUGCUCGGCCGCCACAGUUGGAGCAGUAAUGCUCCUGAAUAUCUGUCGCUGGAAACAACAGGAGAAGAGAGUGCUCUUGUGCCGAUAUCCACAUUGCAAGUUUCUCAAAUCUAUCUGGUCGGCCACUGGCUUGAUCCAACAGCCUCUUCGACCAUUUUGCAGCAUGCACCCUGGUAUACAGUUUCAUGUGAGCCUUGCAUGCACAUACACAGUAUAUGUGACCCAGUUGCAGAGGAUUCCUACAAGCUGGUAUGUGUGGUGAAAUAACUGUGUGCUCAUCACCUGUGGCAACGCACACACUGGGAGCACACAAUUCCUCUAGAGAAAUGUUAUCUGUGAAAGAAAUCUGUAUUGUGUGAACUACAAGCCCAAAACAUACGAAGCAACUUUUUUUAAAAUAAAAAAAAUUCUUUGUUCUUUGAAGGUUCAGACGGGGUUUGGUCGAACAGGCAGCCAUUUCUGGGGAUUUGAAGGACACGAUGUGGUUCCUGACAUUGUCACCAUGGCAAAGGGAAUUGGCAAUGGGUUUCCAAUGGGAGCCGUUGUCAGUACAGCAGGUGCAAAUGACUUUCAUACUUCAGAUGUUAAAGUCUUGAAUAAUUGGGGUUUUAACAGGGCUCUCGUGGCUGUUUGGUGAGAACGGACCUUUGCUUCCAUGCUUUGUCUAGGGCAGUGGUUCCCAAUUCUCACCGCCUAUGGACCACUUCAGAAUUGCUGAGGGUCUUGGCGGACCACUUAACAAUUUUCCCGCCUGUUGUAGGAAUUGUAAUGUGCUUUGCAAUAUGCUGGAGGAUUUUUUAAUUGUAAUUUUAUUGCUUCUUUUAUUUCUUAUGUUGCAUUAUAAUGUAAGAAAUAAAAAAAGCAAUAGAGAUACUACUAAAAAAUCAGCAUGAAUAUUCAAUGCAGACAUACCAUUGGCAGGAAUGAGACAGCAGUAAAUCACACUGAGCAAGUUGAAUUUAACUCUUUAUUAGCAAAAACAGGAUCUGCACCGGGGUGGGUGGGUAAGUCCUAAUGAGCACAGCAACACAUCACCAGUAGGUCUUGCCCCCAUGAAGCAGUUGCAGAGACUGAAGGUCCCCGCCUCCCCAUAGCUGCCUAAGCCCCCUCCUCUCUGUGGUUUUCCCAAGCAAUCUGAGACUGUGCCUGCUUGACGCUAACUUCUCCCUGCCCUUUUCAUGCCUCUCCUGGUCCUGGGAGACCAGAUGGGAGAGGAGCUUGUCACUGCAGGAGGAGGAGACAUCCAUACCUUCUCACCAGUCUGACUUAUCUCUGCCUCUUAGUCUCCCUCCUCUCCUGCUUCCACUUCUGAUUCUGGACUUCUCUCUGCCACAGACUCCCCCUGCAUACUAAGCCCUGCUGCCUCUUCAGCUUCUGACACCACCUCCUCCCAGUCUUCUUCCUCGGGCCACUCAUCAUUAUCCUACCACUAAUCCCCGGGCUCUGAGCCUUCUUCCCUUGGGAUCCCCAGCUGGUUCCUCCCACCAUUCCUCUGCAUCCAACCGGUCCAUGACAUCCACAGACCACCUGGAUGAAGCUCAGUCCAUGAACCACAGUUUGGGAACCCUUGCUCUACAGCAUCAGCUGCUGCCUUUAAUUAUUUACUAUAAUGUUUCAAUUAUGAAUACUGGCAUGCUUUGUUUUUCAGAAAUUGCAGAAGCCUUGGCUCAAAACCUGCAUUUCAACACAUUUGGAGGAAAUCCUGUGGCCUGUGCAGUUGGGUCUGCAGUUCUGGAUGUAAGAAAAUGACUCUGACUUGCAUCUUUAUCUAUGGGGAACUGUAGCAUAUACACCAUGAGUCUUUCAUCUUAACACUGCAGUACACCACCAUCCUUAGGUACUUCCAGACUGUCUCUAUGUUUUAGGAAAAGGUAAAGGGACCCCUGACCAUUAGGUCCAGUUGUGGACCGACUCUGGGGUUGCGGCACUCAUCUCGCUUUAUUGGCUGAGGGAGCCGGUGUACAGCUUCCGGGUCAUGUGGCCAGCGAACCAGAGCAGCGCACGGAAAUUCUGUUUACCUUCCUGCCGGAGUGGUACCUAUUUAUCUACUUGCACUUUGACGUGCUUUUGAACUGCUAGGUUGGCAGGAGCAGGGACCAAGCAACGGGAGCUCACCCCGUCGCGGGGAUUCGAACCACUGACCUUCUGAGCGGCAAGUCCUAGGCUCUGUGGUUUAACCCACAGCGCUACCCACGUCCCCUAUGUUUUAGGGAGGGAUUUAAUCACAUUCUGGCAAAUUCAGGAAGCGCCGUUAAUAUCUUGUGCAACAAACUCGCUUCCCAAGCAGAUCAGAUCUUUUGCAACAAGCGAUGGGAAAAUGCUCUGGAAACUGUGGGAGGACACUUGAUUCAACAAAGUCUAGGCUCCCUGUCCUUGCCUCAUUUCCCCCUUGUAUAUUUAAGACAGGAUUAUCCAUAUGUUCUGUGCAGCAGUUAUUUACACUCAUAGUAGUGGUGUAUCAGAUUAACUCCACAUGCUGUUGCCUUCUUUAGAGUUAAAAAGUGCCUGGCCAACGGUAUUUCAGAGAAUUUGAUGAUUUCCUGCAUGGCUUUUGUGUUCUCAGGCAAUAGCAGAAGACGGCUUGCAGAAAAACAGUGAGGAGGUGGGGACUCGCCUCCUCUUAGAGCUGGCUAAGCUGCGCGAUGAGUUUGAAAUAGUCGGAGAUGUCCGUGGCAAAGGACUGAUGAUUGGAAUAGAGAUGGUCAAGAAUAAGGUCAGGAAGACACUUUGCGGGCCUGGAAUGGUCUCUAUCAUGGUAUAAGCAGCCUCGACUUACAGAUUCGUCUUAGCUCUUGGGCUGUCACAACUAAAGGCCUACUAUGGAGGCCACUAAAAAUCACCAUCCAAUUAAUCGUAUGGGCCUUCUCAGUGCCAGAGCUGCACUUUGUGGUUGGCAGACACUGAUACGGGGGUUUGAAAUUUGGACACAGCUUUUAUUGUUUACACAUUACAAAUGAUUAGUGAGUUGGAGAUGUGGCAACUCAUAGAAUCAUAGUGGGAAGAGACCCUAAGGAUCAUCCAGUCCAACCCUCUGCAAUGCAGGGAUAUUUCGCUGUCUCAUUCAGGGAUCAAACCUGCAACCUUGGCAUUAUCAGCAUCACACUCUAGCCAACUGAGCUACCUAGGUGCCUCUCUUCUUGCCUUGGUUUUGCCCAAUGAAUAUCUGGCUCUCUAUGCCACAGAUGUUCCUCUUGUUUCAUGCUCUAUGUUGAGUUUAUUAUGCUGGUGAAGCCUCGUGCCUCGCUGUGCAGACAGGCUAAGAGCUUGUCUCUUUUCUAGGCGUUGCCCAUAUCUACAGUCCCUCCACACUCCACAGCUGCUAGCUAGAUUACGGUAAUGCUCUCUAUGUGGGGCUUCCCUCACACUUGAUCCAGGAGCCGCAGGCAGUGCAGAAUGCUGCAGCCCAAUUGCUGACAGGAGUGGCUUGUCAGGGUUAGGGCACUGACAAUUUAACAGCUUCUGUCAUAAAAGGUUUAAAAUGAGGAAUCAAAUCAGGAAGACAGAUCAGAACUUAGUUCUCUCUCAGCAUCAGGAAACCUUUGCCUCCACCCAGAUUUAAAACUUAAGUCCAGUGCCACCUAGUGGCUAAACGUAAUAAUGGCAUAAUCGAUGUGAGUUCACUUCUGUUUGUGAGUUUCGGUUAAAAAGAACCAGGAGAGGUGGAAGAAAACUAAGCUGACUUUUUCUCCACAGGAGACUCGUCAGCCGCUUCCAGUUGAAGAGAUAAACCAAAUCAUGGAAGACUGCAAAGAUAUGGGAGUGCUGAUUGGGCGGGGAGGAUUGUUUUUCCAGGUAUUCUUAUAUAUAUAUAUGAUAUAUAUAAAUCCGAGAUAUAUAGAUACAUUCAGUUUAUAAAGAGAGGCAGCUGUAGCAGCAAUGCCUAUCUUAGGUGUUGGAUAAAAGCAAAUGCCACUAAAAAUGCAAAGCUGAGUGACUUUCUUUCACAGGAAAGCAGGAAAGCACAAAAAUCUGCACUGAGACAUGAAAUAAUGAAACAGAUACUAGUAGAAAAUAGAGGUGUGCUUGACUCUACAAAACACGGAGAGGGAAAAAUCAUUAUUUUUUUUAGAUGGGACAGGAGUUGCUAAACAACUGCAUGCUUGCUGGUCGUAGUUAGUUUGUUUUUUAAUAUGUGAACCCUGAAUUCAGGAAAACUGUCCUAUAUCAGGGCAGACUCUAUGUCCAUCAAGCCCAGUAUUGUCUGACUGGAAGCUGUUUUCCAGGGUCUCAGGCAAAGGCCUUUCCAAGAACCAGGUGCCUGAUCCUUCUAACUGGAAAGGCCAGGGAUUGAACCUGUUACUUCCUGCCUGAAAAGCAGGAGCGCAUUGAUCUGAUUUUGCCAAGCAGAAUUAAGGGCCACUCUGUUGGCAAUUCAGGAUUUGCUCAAUGGCUGCAUUUCCUUGGGGGCGGUUUGGUGUUCGGAAUAAACACCUAAGAACUGCCUACUGGAUCCAGCCAAGGCCCAUUCAGCAUGUCCAUCAAAGCCAUGCUCCCAGUAACUCAUAAGGAGGGCAGGCAGGCAGAUUUAGCCUGGAAGGGAGCCCCAUUGAAUUCAAUAGGCUUUACUUCGGAAUAGAUAACGUGGCUCCUUGAGAAUGUCACUAUUCUGCAGCAAUUAAGGUUUAAAGCGUUCUCUGUUCCCCUAGUGCAAGAGAACCGCUUUUGGAAAAGGAUUGGGACUUUUUGCAGUCUGGAAGUAGCGGAGAAAGGCAUUGGGAAGAUAUAUGAACCCAGCAAGCCCACCCCUUCCCCAGUGUGGUGUAGUGGUUAAGAGCAGUAGACUCGUAAUCUGGUGAACUGGGUUUGAUUCCCUGCUCCCCCACAUGCAGCUGCUGGGUGACCUUGGGCUAGUCACACUUCUUUAAAGUCUCUCAGCCCCACUCACCUCACAGAGUGUUUGUUGUGGGGGAGGAAGGGAAAGGAGAAUGUUAGCCGCUUUGAGACUCCUUCGGGUAGUGAUAAAGUGGGAUAUCAAAUCCAAACUCUUCUUCUUCUCUUUGCCCAGAGUUCUCUAACAGCUCUGCUUAGCAAGAAUUUCCCAGAGCUAUGCACUGGUAAAGUUAGAAAUAUUAGGCAACUGCAAGCUACAUUAAUAAUGUGAUUAGCAUUCAUGGCGCUACAGCAUCAGUGGAGAGGGAAUUGAAGCCACGGUCUUAGUAAAUAAAAUGACCCCUGUGUGGGAAUUAGCAGUAGGGGCCUAAGGAAAGCAUCCCCACCCCCUGCAAUGCUAAUUGACAUGCAUUAUGUGUAUGUGUAUAAGAUGGCAGCUGGAGGGAGAAAGCUUUGAAUUUCCUCUCUCCCCCCAUACUGUGCUGCUGAUGCCUAUCCCCACAACCUGGCAUUUUAUUUUUCCAAACUGCAGUGGCACGGUUGCCAAUCAAAGCAUUAACAUAAUGUGCAGUUAGGCCCUUGUGAGGCACUGUGUAGCAGCUGCCCAAAAUAAAUUGUUUAAAAGGCAGCAGUUAGGUGGCAUGUUUUUUUCAUGCAAAAGGGUUCAAUUGCCAACUAGGGGUGGGGAAAGAUUGUCGCCUGAAACUCUGGGAAGCUUUCUGCCAGUCAGUGUAGGCAGCACUGGGCUAGAUCUGACUUGGUUCAAUGCAACACCCUAGGCUCCCUCUCUCCUGUGUUUCCUGAUUUCAGCCAUUUUGUUUAUUACUGAAUCCGGCUUUCUACCGUAUUUUUCGCUCCAAAAGACGCACCAGACCAUAAGGCGCACCUAGUUUUGGGAGGAGGAAAACAAGAAAAAAUUAUUCUGAAUCCCAGAAGCCAGAACAGCAAGAGGGCUCUGGCUUCUGGGAUAACCGCGCCAAGCCUCUUCAGGGCAGCGGGAUGAAGGCUCCCCCUGCCCGAAGAGGCUGCGCACGGCUAAGGCAGAAGCCAGGACAGGCGCGUUGCUGAAGGGGCACUGCGCAGUUCUCCCUCUCUGAGAGGGAGAACUGUGCAGCGCCCCUUCAGCUAAGCUGGAGAAGGAACAGGAGACCCUUCUGUUCCUCCUGCUUCGCAGGACAGGCGCUGCGCAGAGAGGGAGAGCUGCGCAGCGCCCCUUCAGCGAAGCAGGAGGAGGAACAGAAGGGGCUCCGUUCCUCCUCCUGCUUCGCUGAAGGGGCGCUGCGCAGCUCUACCUCUCUGCGCAGCGCCAUUCGCUCCAUAAGACGCACUCACAUUUCCCCUUACUUUUUAGGAGGAAAAAAGUGCGUCUUAUGGAGCAAAAAAUAUGGUAUAUAGUGGCUUCCUCCCCACCCCUUUUUGUAGCAACUCCGAUUUAGUAACCACAGUAUGUAUCCAGAUAUUUCUUUUUUUUACUGCCAAUUUAAUGUGAGCUGUUCUGGUUUCCCCCUCCUCAUUUCGGCUUCUUCCUCUUCCCAAGACGUUUAGAAUCAAACCUCCGCUGUGCAUCACUAAGGAAGACGCAGACUUCGCCCUGGGCGUUUUCCAUGCCGCUUUAACAAGACACAGGGAAAGAACAGCAAAGGCAAAAUAAGCACCCCAUUUGCUGUACCAGCCGUCAUAAUGAAGAACAAAUAUCCCUGAGAUUGAACUGCCGCAGCUAGCAAAUUGCAACCGGUUGACGCGUUUAUUGUAGCAGCCCAUUUGCUGCGCCAACUUGUGCCACCUGAAGACUUGGUAGUUGCAGCAAACCUCCUGAGCAACAAGAUUUAUGGUUUGUAUAAAUUGUCAGAUGACCCAGUUUUUUUGGUCUUUCGAUUUCCUUAAACGUAUGUCAAGCUGCUUUGGUUUUAUUUGAGAUUCUCUGUGCUUUAUAGAUAUAUUUGUAUAGAUACCUUAGUAUAGAAAUGAAAUAAUAGUAAUGCUGCUACCAGUCCCUAGAAUGUGAGUGACAGCUGCCCUUCUUUAAGCAGCUGGGGGGCAUCCAAUUGGCACCUGCCCAUUGGGGGCCCCAUUCAUUUUGUGGAUUCAAGCAGUGCCUGUGUGGCUUCCCGGUCAGAAGCUGGGCAGCCAAUGGUUUUAACACCCUUAAACAGCUGUCACCCAGAUGUUUUGAACCCCCAUCAGCUGGCAGGAGUUCCUGGUCUAAAACCUCUGGGGUGCACCAGGCUGGCAGAAGCCAAUUUUAAACUGUAAAUGGCAUGGUUGGGACUCACCCCCGUGUUGCAAUAGCUACAUCAGGACCAGAAUUUACUUUUCCACAUGUCUUAUUAAUUUAGCCCAGUUCUGAAUAGUGUACAGUGGUACCUCGGGUUAAGAAAUUAAUUCGUUCUGGAGGUCCGCACUUAACCUGAAGCACCACUUUAGCUAAUGGGGCCUCCUGCUGCUGCCGCGCCGCCGGAGCCCGAUUUCUGUUCUCAUCCUGAAGCAAAGUUCUUAACCCGAGGUACUAUUUCUGAGUUAGCAGAGUCUCUAACCUGAAGCGUAUGUAACCCGAGGUACCACUGUAUAAGGACGGGGGAGUCAAGGAAAUGCUUUGAACAGCAUGCACUAAAAAUAAACUGCAGUGUACAGUAAAAUAAUUUAUUGCUUCUUCCUGUACAUGGCUUUCCUUACAAGUAAGGAAGAUCCUCUUUGUAUGAAUGGUGUAGCUGUGCUUUUGGGGGGGGGAGGUGUUAUAAAAUGUUAGCGCAAUUGAGGCAUCGAUUUUAAAGGAGGACUGGGGUUUUUUUGUGGGGGCAGAAACCCAACAACAUGGAACAAUUUAAACAAUGCGCUAGCACAGUGUUACGGGGCUAGGUGUUUCUGACCCUGUUUAAUUCAUGCUGCCAAUCCUGCGCCUCCUUGGGGUAAGCGAGGGGCCUUUGGCACGGUGGCCCUUUAAACCGGUCAGGAGUUCCUCUCGCACAUCUCAGAAAGUCCUGUUAUCUGUUCCGCCUCUUUUCCUUUUUGCUCCUGCUGCUGUUGCUGACGGCUCCGUUCAUGGCUGGCGCUUGGACUGCUUUGGCGUGGCCCGUAGCUUUUAAAUGUUCGAAGAGCUUAUUCCGCGACUGGAACUCGCAGCUGCAGGUAACGCACUGGAGGGAAGCUUCAUGCUGGCAGUGGGGAAGAAGAAGAUUUGUGAGCCUUCUUUGCCUGCAAACAGCACAAACAUUUACCGUAUUUUUCACUCCAUAGGACACACUUUUUCCCUCUUAAAAACUAAGGGGGAAAGUCUGUGUGUCCUAUGGAGUGAAUGCAGGGGGGAGGCAGGCAGGAAAAGCCCCCAAGAGCUGCACACAAGCUUCGUGCGGCUCUUGCGGGCUUUUCUCCAGGAGGGAGAAGGGACUGAAGUGGCCAGUCAGUCCCUUCUCCCUCCUCGUAGAAAAGCCCGCAGGAGCCACACAUUCCUUAAAGGGUGCGCGGCUCCUGUGGGCUUUUGCAGGAGGUGGGGGGAUUGCCAUAGCCGCGAGUAGCCUCUCCAGCCAGAGAGGCUGUGCAAGGCUAAAGAAGCCAAGGCAGCGAGCGCGAUCCAUCCCGCUCACUGUUUUGGCUUCUUUAGCCUUGCGCAGCCUCUCCUGGCUGCAGAGGUUGCGCCCGGCUAUGGCAGAAGCCAAGGCAGCGAGCGGGAUGGAUCCCGCUCGCUAUCUUGGCUUCUUUGCUCUUCGGGGCUGGGGGGGGGGAACCCGGGCUUCCCCCGCAGCCCUGAGAAGCUCUGGGAGAAGCUUCCCCCUCUAAAAACUGGGUGUGUCCUGUGGUCCGGUGCGUCCUAUAGAGCGAAAAAUACAGUAACUUCACCUUACAAGGGCAGAGCCACAGCACAUAUUUAGAGCACAUAACUUCCUCCAAAGAAUCAUGGGAAAGCUCGUUCUCCCAUGGCAGGCCUACAAUGCCUUGUAUUCUUAAACUACAGUUGCCAGGAUUUUUUGGGACUACAAUUCCCAUCAUCCCUGACCACCGGGUCUGUUAGCUAUGGAUGAUGGGAGUUGUAGUCCCAAAACAUCUGGAGGGCCAAGUUUCCCUAUGCCUGUCUUAACCCUUAUCUCACACAGAAGUGGGGUGGACCUUCUCACAAGGGAGCUUCCCUUCUCCCUGCCUCCCGCCCUGGGAGAUCUACCCUUCCCUUCCUCUCACACAGCUUGGGGCUGACAGAGGUGGUAAAAAAAGAUGCACAUCUAAAGCGCUUCUACAUACCAUUGCUUGAUGCUCUGAAGAUCCUCUUGCAGCAGAGCUUUUCUUUGUGUCUUUCGUUUUCUUCCCUUUCGCUUUCAUAUUGCUAGAAGAAAAAAAAGAAGAGGCAUUUUCUUCCCCUGCACUGCCAUCUCUGAGCACCCUGGUCAGCCACUCUUUGAGUUCAGUGGCACAGAUGGAAGCUAAAUUAACAGGAUUCAAGGACUUUGAAACUAGCAUAAAAAAAAAAUCCUUUGCAGAAUAUUCUUAAAAAUGAUCCCAUUAUGCCAGGGGAUAGAGCACCAGCAACUCUUUAGCCCAGUGGCUCCCAAACCUUUUUUUGGGCCCACCAACCCAUUGCCAGUGCCCCCCAUCCUAUAAAAAGAACUAUUCAUUUCAUGGCUAACUAAGAAAGGUAACACCACAAUAAAAUUCAAAAUAAUGACGAUUACUUGCACAUUCACUCAAAAUCCAAUUAAUAAAACUAAAUAGUUUUAUUAACGGAACAAAACUGAUAACCUUAACGUCUGUGGAAUGCUCUCCCCAGAGAGGCUCACCUGACACCAUCAUUAAACAUUCUUCUUUAAUGCCUUUGGCCAUUAAAUAAUCUACGGCCUGUUAAAGCUGCUGUAUGUGUGUGGGGGGAGGGAACUGUUAUGAUUAUGUUGUCUAUUCUUAUGCUCUGUAUUAUGCUUUUAUUUUUAUGCCCAGCAAAAUGUGUUCUUAAAAAGGGCAAUAUAUAAAUGGAAUAAAUAGUAAGAGCAGCAC